UCAAUCUUGCGGUGGAUGGCGAGGGGUAUGGGGAAUAAGGCCUCGACGGCGGAGGGAAAGGAGAAGUCGCUGCAGGGCGAGGAGACGCCCUCGGAGUCGAGGAAGGAGGCGCACUUUGAGAUGGAGGAGGAAACGUCCUCGGGCUCGGAGUGGGAUAUGGACUCGGACAGCGACUUGGAGAUCGUGGAGGAGGAAGAAGAUGAUGACGACGACGAUGAGAAUGAGGAGGAGGUUGUGACACACGUGCUGGCGCCUGCGGAGGGGAGUCCAUCCGCCGUUUUGGGGAAUUAUGGUUUGCUCUCGGUGCUCUGUGAGACGCCCUCUGGCUUUGCAAUUUUCAGUUACCACGGGAGCAAGAUCGUUAAACCAGAUGGCUGCCAGAAAAUCUGGGCAGACUUCGUCGGCAAAAUAAAAGCCAAUGUUUGGCUGAAAGGCUUUCAAACUUUUGAGGACAAGGCCAGCGCCAUUAAUUCAAGCACUGGUGUCAGUGAAGCGCUUGCUGCAAUGAUCCGGAAACAUAUGGUUCUCCGUGGGCAGACACUAGCUGUUGGAAAUCAAGAUUACAGAAGAAUCAUUGAGAAAGACUUGGGCAUACCCUGCCUGUAUGGUCCUGCUGUGGAGGAGUUGAUGUGGGGCUUGAAGUUUCAGAUGCGGAAGUUGGUGCCUGCGGAAAAUCCAGAGCUGAUUAACGAGGAUCGCCUCCCGAUGAGUGCAGGAAUGCAGUGUUUCCUGAAUUUGCAUCGCCUUGAAGUCAAACCAGAUAUGAUGGUUACUAAACGUAUCAUUGAGAUGGCAGGCGUCAUAUACGAGUGUGAUUUUCGUGUGAACAAAUAUAAAGAUAAUUACAUUUUGUGCGGUGCUGCUGAGCACAUUAAGAAAAUUUCCCACAUCGAUACUGGUGGCUGGGAUCUAAUGAAACUUGCGACCGCGGUUAAGAUGAUAUGUUACCCUGAAGAAAAAAUUGAAGCUGCCACACGGCUGUUCCGAAUACAACAGUUGAAGAGGUUCAGCGAUGAUGCACCUAAAUAUAAGCGUAAAAUCAUGAAGGUGCCUUGCUUGGAAAUCUAUAAUGAAAUGUACAAUGCCCGUAAAAUGAGGCUUGAUGCGGCUAAAGUUCUGCUCGAUUUGCUCAAGCGGGCUGAAAAGGCAUAUGAAGCUGAAAAUGCAUUUGAAGCUGCAAGAGAUCAUAAAAUUGGUCCUCUAGCUACAUCCCCUUGAGCUCCUUGUCUCCUGGAUGUUAUUUGUAAUUUUAUUUUCACUGGGUUGUAAUAGCUUAUUACUUGAACCUUCCGUUGUCCACUUUGGUUGGUUGUAUCACUACCUUUGCUGGCUUUAUUUAUGAAGUCAGGCAUAUGCCUUUUCUUUUUUAAAAAAGUUUGCCCUGGUAUGAACCCUGUCAUGA